AUGGACUUGAUUCCUUCAGAAGUGUGGACUCAAAUCUUCACACUUGCGUCCGACGAGGACCUCAUAUUUCAACACGGACACCCGACUAGCCUGGCCAAUUCAUCAUGGUUUAAACACUUUAAUGGAGAAUGGACAUUGAGGUCACCUCAGGAGGCAGCUAAUCUCCUGAUGAGGAGAAGUUACCGAACGAAGAAGGCUAUCAUGUUGACUUGCAAACGCUGGCAUGAAGUCGCCUUUGAACUCAUGUUCCGCUGUUUGUUCUUCCAUAGCCCGGCGAAGCUCUUCACCCUCUGCGAGAUCCUCAAAUCGUCCAAAGCCAACGCCACAACCGUCACAUCGUCCCUUGGAUGGUGGACUCGCAAACUAUAUGUCGGUCGUUACUCCCCCUGGGAGCUUGAAGAGAAAGGGUUCACGAACGAGGACAUGCAAGAGGCCUUCAUUCUCAUCAUCAGUCAUUGCCCCAACCUGGAGAUAUUCCACGUAGAAUGGCCAAUGAAGGAUGCCUUCGGUCCGGUAGCAGAUGCUCUCAAGACAUACUCCAGGAAGUCUCUGCGGUCAAUCACCUGGAACGUUCCGCGACAGGACCUUGCCAAAGUUAUAUGGGCGCUGGAUUCAUUGAAGCACAUCGUGGUGGCCUACAUCGAAUUAGAAGGGUCCGAUUGCAAUAACGAUGACAAGCAAGACGAAGAGGAUUCAGAGUUUUUGGGAUCUGCCUACGACUACCCGCUUAACCUCAAACACCUCCACCAACUCACCAUCAAGGGCUAUACUCAGGCAUUCUUGGAACAAGCUAUAGGAUGGACGAUGCCAGCCUUGAAGAUCUUUUCCAUUAACAGUGGGGUCAAUACGGGCAGUAUCGGCGACUUGGUCGGAUUCCUGGCCGAGCAUGGCGAAGGACUGGAAUUCUUGGAUCUGGAUGUCCUGUCUGUAGUAGACAUCGCCAAGAUUCUAGAUCACUGCCCCCAACUCCACGCGUUCACCUUCAACGCUGAUUGGCGAAUCAUCCCCAACAACGAUAUCGAGAGCGAGCUUGUUCGACGACCCCGCCCCACUAUCACGACAAUAGGCCUACAUGGGCUGACCCACGCGUUUGGAGUGGGCUUGGCUGUUGCGACCGCCACCUUGACCCACUCCCGAAUAAUGCAGCGGUCGAAUGACAUGAAUAUGGCGGCACUUAACAGGAAGAACUUCCCCAACCUCAGACGCAUUCGCGCACUGAACCAGGGGAUGUUGUUGAAGUUAAAUGAGGCAGGUCAGCCUUCCAGGGAACUAGGUGGUAUGGAAAGAUGGGAGAGGUGGUGGGAUAGAUGCACUGGCGAGGGUAUCCGUCUGGAGGAUUGUACAGGGGACCUUCUGGGCAACUUACCUGACCCCGACGAUGGACCUAGCUUGGUUCUCAACGACGGCGACGACAGCCUAGACGUCGAAGACAGCGAUGAAGAGGACGACGAUGACGAAGAAGAUGACGAAGAAGAUGACGAAGAAGAGGGGGAGGAUGAAGAAGGGGAGGAUGAUGACGAAGAAAGCGAUGAAGAGGAAAUGGGCAGCUUUGGCUUCAAAAUACCACCACUACCGACAGAGAACCGUAAUGCAGAACUCCGCGAAUUGCUGGAAGAAUGUAGAAGGAUGGCGGCACAGCGGGACGAGGUUUCUCCUAUGUUCGCUAUGAUGAGUAUGAUGGGGGGAGGGUCAACUAGUUCUACCCAGGCAAUGCAAGCCUUUCAAAGCCAUUAUGGCAAAGGUUUUGACGACUAG